CAAUGCAACUUGUUCCUCAUGCACUCCUAAUUCACAUGCAUGUCAACACGUUUCACCCUUUUCCCCUUUAAAACUACUAACACCAACUCCCAUUCCUCACAUCAAAAUUUCCCAUCACUUUCAGUCCAUUAACCCCACACCCCACACAUUAUGGGUGACCGUCAUGCACAUAGCCAGAUUCAGACUCACCCACAUCAACUUCAUGUGCGUCCUUAUCAAGAAGGUGGGAUGAUGAAGAGUCAAAAAGGUCCCUCAGCUACACAAAUUCUUGCUAUUGUAACUCUUCUUCCUGUUGGUGGGACUCUUCUUUGCCUUGCUGGCAUUACCCUUGCGGGUACUUUAAUUGGGCUUGCUGUUGCGACUCCAGUUUUUCUCCUCUUUAGCCCAGUUCUUGUACCUGCUACUCUUACUGUUGGUCUUGCUGUUGCUGGCUUCUUGACUUCUGGUGCUUUUGGUGUUACUGGGCUUUCGUCUCUCUCUUGGAUCCUCAAUUACUUCAGACAAGGUGGUAAAUCGAUGGUGCCGGAGAAUAUAGAAGCGGCAAAGAGGCGCAUGGCGGAGGCUGCAGAGCACGUGGGGCAAAAGACGAAGGAUGCUGGACAAAAAAUCCAGAGCAAAGCACAUGAAGGGAAAGAAGGAGCUAGGACUACUUAAAAAUUUAAGGAAUAUGCAUAUUAUUAUGUUGGAAAUGAAAAAAAAAAAAUGACGUUAGAAAUUUGCAUUAUAAUAAUUAAUUUUUGCUGCUUGCUCUUUUGAGCUUUCUCAUGUUUUGUGUUUUAUAUGAUGUAAUAAUGUAAUGAGUACUUCUGUUUUUUUUUCUA